AUGGUAGUGGUGUCGCGCCGAAAAGACGACUAUCCCGAUGACUUCAGGGCCAAUGGAACGAAGUAUCCUGAUCAGUACUUCUUUUUCACGUUUGAGGACAUGGCAAUCAUCAAGGUCGAGUACGAUAUCAGCAAGGGCGAAACUACGGUCGAUAAACCGGUCACAACCGGUCAAGAAUCAAUGGGAAACGACAGCUCUUCCGAGAUGACGAAGUAUAUCACCAUAGCCAAAAAGUACACACAAACAUCAUCCUUUGACUACACUUCUGGCCUAAGCCUCAUCACAAUCGGAACGACCGCAACAGUGGGAGUUCCUGGGGUCGCGGAAGGGAAGGUCCAGUGCACAGGAUCGACCACGCAGGAGAUGAAAUGGGGGAAACAGUAUUCGGAGGGACGCGAAAUUAAAGAGUCGUACGACAUCAAAGUUCCUCCUCAUUCUAAGAGCAGUGUGGCCCUUGCAGCGACUUUCUCAAACUUUCGAGGUACCUUGCACCGUGCACUCGCAGUGGAAGAAGACGGGCGUUGA